AUGUAUCAGGCUUGUUUCAGAAGACUUGACGUCCCUCCAAAUCUGGUGCAAAUGGCUCAAGCGGUCACAGCAAGAGCACUGGCCACUACAGUUAGGAUAGAGUGGGAAGCGACCGUGGGCGAGGAGGAGGAGCUGGCCGUCCUCCUCGGUUGGGCAGCCCGUCGGAGCUCACCAGCGAGGCGAGGGCGGGAAGACAGCCCCCAGGCCGGCCCACGGAUCCUCAGAAGGCGCGGACCUGGAGGAGGCGCCCCAGAAGGCGACGCCUCUUGCCUCUCGCCUCUCGAAGGAAGUUUGCUCUUAAUUUCAGAGCCGGGUUCGCCGUCGGCUCAACUCCAGGAGCAAGCAGCGGGCGCGGACCAGAGCGGCCAGUUCCCCGGGGGCGGGCCGGGCAGUUGCCGAGCUCAGCAGCGGCGGCUCGCGGCCAUGGGCGGCUCAGCCUCCAGCCAGCUGGACGAGGGCAAGUGCGCUUACAUCCGAGGGAAAACUGAGGCUGCCAUCAAAAACUUCAGUCCCUACUACAGUCGUCAGUACUCUGUGGCUUUCUGUAAUCAUGUGCGCAGUGAAGUAGAACAGCAAAGAGAUUUAAUGUCACAGUUUUUGAAGACCAAGCCGCCAUUGACGCCUGGAACUAUUUUGUAUGAAGCAGAGCUAUCACAAUUUUCUGAAGACAUAAAGAAGUGGAAGGAGAGAUACGUUGUAGUUAAAAAUGAUUAUGCUGUGGAGAGCUAUGAGAAUAAAGAGGCCUAUCAGAGAGGAGCUGCUCCUAAAAGCCGAAUUCUUCCAGCUGGUGGCAAGGUGUUAACCUCAGAAGAUGAAUAUAAUCUAUUGUCUGAUAGGCAUUUCCCAGACCCUCUUGCCUCCAGUGAGAAGGAAAAUGCUCAGCCCUUCGUGGUCCUGCCCAAGGAAUUCCCAGUGUACCUGUGGCAACCCUUCCUCAGACACGGCUACUUCUGCUUCCACGAGGCUGCUGACCAGAAGAGGUUUAGUGCCCUCCUGAGUGACUGCAUCAGGCAUCUCAAUCAUGGUAUGGCGCGGCUCCCCUCCUCGUCUCCGGGGCGGGAAGUGGGGCAGCCCUCGCUGAGUUGUCCUGGUCCAUCAUCUGUUGCAGUGAUUCUUAGAAAGAACCGCAGAUUGGCCAAGUGCAGUGGCUCAUGGCUGUAA